CACCGAUUUACAUACACAGAUGUAUUUAAGUUUGGAAGAUGUCUCUAUAAAGUGUUGGCUGUAGAAAUUCAGGAAUUAAAGAUCUACUGGUUAUUCAAGUGUCAUAGUCAAUUAAAAUAAAUGGAUUGUGCAGAAUGUUCCUCAAUUAGUCAAUUGAUGAUUUUACUUGAAGGAGAUGUGAUGUGGAUUCCAAUGAUUUACGAAGACCAAACAAAAAACCAAGCAGUGGUUUGUUUAUAUAAAGACUAAACACUCAAAUUACACCUUUUGUUCGUUUGUUUGUAAGUAUAUUUACUCAGACGAAGGAGCCAACAGAACAAAUAUACAUAAUGUAUUAGUAUUGACUUGACUCUUUACACUCUCUAUGAUGAAAACACUUUUCCUAUGUUGGUUUUGUCAGCUCGUUGUUGUUACAUUGGUAUAUGAACUAAAAUGUCCAGCUCCAGGACAUUGGCGUCUGAGAGCAAGAAAAUUUUAUUGUGGUCAGAGCUAUGUAUGUUUAUUACGUUCACCAGAGAAUUCGUAUCGAGAGACCUGUGAUGGACUCGAUUACAGCAGCUCAGGCAGCAAACUUAUUUUUGAACCAUAUUUCAACAAAGCAGGAUGCAGCUACAACCGAUAUCAGCCUUUCCCAUUCUCAACUGAUGGUAACAAUAAGUGUGUGUAUCAAAAGUCAUUUUGUAAUGAAAAGGGUCAAAUCGUCCACCGUGAAGGAAGUAUGAGAAAUGAUGCAACUUGUGGAUGCGAUUCUUCACAAGGGUACAUAUUUGUCACCACGCCAAAACACAACUGCUAUUGUAUACCAUCACAAGAAGAUUGCUCCUGUCACAAACUUUCAUGUAAUGAUAAAGAUACACUAUGUCCUUUUAUUGGUUCUGCUGUUCGGAAUGUAUCUUGUCCAAAAAUUGUUAUCAGACCGUCAACACAAAAGAAUGAGUCCUCAACAUCAGUAGACAGAUUUACCGACGGUAGAAGUAGUUAUUAUGAAGGCAGAACAUAUAGAUUAACAUAUGUUUACUUCAGCAAAGCAUUAAUAAUUGUUAUGAUCACUGUUUUAGCGGUAAUUGGAUUGUUAGAGUGGAAUGAUGUUUUAUAUGGCGAUCGUUUAACAGAUAACAACACAACAGUACAAUUAUUGGUAGAUCAAGAUGUAUCUGAUAAUUUGUUGAAUGAAACGGAAGGCGAUUCGAUAGAAAUUGAACGAUUACAAAAAGAAAAGAAUAGGAUCUUAAUGGGAGAACUUUUAUCUGGAGACGAAAACGGUUAUAUCAAAUUUCUAACAUUUCUAAAAAGAUAUUCGGAAUAUGAUGACCUCGUUUAUGGAAUAGAAAACACAGUUGUAACAGAUGACGAUAGGAUAGCAUUUCAAAAUUGUCAAAGGAACACUUAACAUAGAGCAUUAAUAUGAACGAUGAUCAAAUCAUGUAUGACCAUGUGUGAACGAAACUUUUAAAAAUUAUUGAGACAAAACUCAAUUUCUGAUAAACAUGUUGUUCCUUCGAUACUUAGGAUUAUUUGUGUAAUUCAUUGCUAUACACAAAACUAGAACACGCCCGCAAAACCGUCGACUGACUUAAAGUAACUUUACCUUAUUUGAAGCCUUGAUUUCGAGCUUUCGUAUUGUCAUCUUAUAAAUUCAUGCUGGUUGUAAGGUGCAGUUUAUCUGCUUACAUAAUUUUUUUCUAUUUUAACCUGUCUUAAUUGUUUUCUACAAUGAACUAACUGUUUUUUUCAUAUUGUUUCUCUUAAUUAACCAAAAUAAAUACUGAUGUUGAGGUGCAAAAAAACAAAAUUGUUUUACCGCUUACUCUUGUGUACCAUAGACAUAAAACGACUACGGGAAAAGUUCCAGUUUCUCCUGAUAUGUGAGGAAUUUUCGGUAUAACUUGACUGGGCGGUGUUUAACCGGUUCCAUUAUUUAAUACCAGU